AUGUCAGAUUUGCAUCGUUUAGCUCAACAUUUGAGAGAAAAUUUCAAACAAUGUACUCUACUCAACAUUGUUGACAAUGAUCAAGACGUUGCAGCUUUCCCGAACGACAAGAUCAACAACAAAACUGCCACUUGUCAAUUACAAUUUUCGAACGAUCCUCCGUUCAAUCUCGAUAUUCAAAUCCUUCCAAAAACCGAGAAUGAAGAGCACAUCGACAUGUGGAGCCUUCACUUUUUCAACCAUGAUCAUUCCAACAAUUUCACACUUUCCUUUUUUAAAUUAUUUCAAAUUUUUGAACCCUCGUGUGAUGAUCAUGAAAACACGACCACACCUUCAAAAAUCAUCAUUGAAAAGAAAAUCGAUGAAAAUUCCAAACAAUGGAUUCACUCCACAACAAUUCCAUUGAAUCAUGUCCACAUUCACAUUCCGAUGAAAAAAACAAAUUUAUUAUUUCGUUUGGAAUGUGAAAUUGUGGAUUUGAGUUCGAUCAAGAAAAAUCUUCCAAAAUUAUUUCGAGAGGAGAAUUUGACACAUUUGAAAUGUGUAUGUGAUGUGAUCAAAACCAAUACACCAAAUGAAAUUCGAAUGCAUUUUGAUAUUCAAUUGGAAAAGAAUAUGGAAAUGAUAGAACCUGUUUUGAUUGUUGACACUCAUUCCACAGAUAAACAAAUGAGUACCAAGUUUGAUGUACAAUUACUAGUGCGUACAGAUAUUCCUGGAGUGAACACUCUUCAAUUGUCAAAUGUUGAAACAACCGAUGAUGGAAAUACUCGUGGCAUUAUUGUGAAAUGGAAGGAUGCCUUUGGUAUUCCAAAAUUAGUAAUUUCAAAUGCCAUUGUGACAUUUAAUGUAUCCAACAAGUUGCAAUUAGCUAUCGAAUGUCACAUUGCAACCAAACAUCAUAAUUAUAUUUUCCGUGGUAAAUUAUCAGACUCUAUGAUUGCAAUUAUUGCCACAAGAAGCGAUCCUAUUACUUUACAAGAAUUGUCUCAUCUCUUUUGUGAAUUUAUGGGUAUUGAACCAUCAGACAAGUUUCAAAAACACAACAAUGAUAUCCAAUUAAGCAAUUUAACUCUCUCAAUUUCAUCUGGAGAUGGAACCAUUGAAAGUUACAAAGUGAAAAAGGGAAUUAUGAUUUCAUGUCAAUUUAAAUUUUAUUCACUUUCCAAUUUGAAAUGUUCCAUUCAUCUCUCUCCCGAAAAUAUUUUACAAGUGAGAGGAACUGUUGAGCUGAAUGAUCAUUUUCCAAUUCUUAACUCUCAUCUUAAAGAAUCAAUGAUGAAACUAUUGAAAGGUUCAAAAUUAUUUUUCGAAUGGAAUGUCAUGACACCUACCAAGAUAUCGAUGGGAGCAGUGUGUAAAUUCCAAUUCUUGGACACGAUCGUGAUGGAUGGAAGAGUGUUUUUCCAAUCGACCAUUGGAGUAGAUUCUUUAGCUCCAAAACUGUUGGUACUGUGUGGAUUGGAACAUGAAGAGUCCUUGUCUCUAUAUUUUCCAAAUCAACCCAUGAUUCAGACAGCCAUUACCAAUAUUGAGAAAAUUGUCAAGUACGAAAAAGCAUACUUCAUUUUGAGUACUUUUGAUUAUUUUUAUGAUGACACUUCUAUGGAUUUAUCAUUGAAGGAAAUUGAUGAAUUGAAAAUUGAUAUUAAGGCAAAUUCAUUGAGUUUGAUUCUCGUGUUAGAUUCUAACAAUAGCAAAUGGUACAUGUUAAAUGACAAGUUUAAAAGAAGUUAUCAAUGGUUGACUUGUUUGAUAUCAUCCAAGUUGAAUAUUUUACACACAGAUUCGAGCUCACCAAUUUCAUCAACAAUGGAAAGCACAAACGAAACAUCUCUUGAAAAGAGUGACCACAAGGAAAUCUCAGCAGAUUUUGAAACUAUUUUAACCAUAGUGGUUGGAAACGGAAGAACUCUUCUUCAACCAGCUCAAUUUGGUUUUGGAGUCAGUUUUAACAAUUUAAAGUUUCCAGUUGGUACUCGAAUUGCAUUUGUGCCUCUCAAUCUCUCGCUCUCUGUUUCUCAAAAUCCAGAAGUUCUAUUCCAAGUCGGAGUUGAAAUCAUUCCACUUAAUAUUUUCACACAAGUGACCAAUGCCAUUCUCUCAAAAUUGAACAUUGAAUCUCAUAAUAUGAUUGCAAAACCGUCACAAGAAACACCAACUCCACUUCUCUUCAUUCUCGAAGGAAUUGUCAGUGCAACAGAUAUUCAAUUAUUUGGUAAAAUGAAAGGACAAUGGAAUCAACCCUUUGGACUUCAAUGGUUAACCAUUGGAGAUUGUGAAUUAGGAGUGGAUUUAAAUUAUGCAGCACUUGCUACUACUGGAUUGCCCUCUGGUGUGAGUAUGCAAGCGAAUGUGACUCUGUUCAAUGACAAGAAACUUGGAAUGUACAUUUCGAUGAAUGAGAAUAUUUUGGAAGAUUUCUUGAUUUUGAAAAUGGAAAAUUUUGGAAUUCAAGAUAUCAUGACACUCGCUCAAUAUGUAUUGAAUAUUCAAUUUGAGAGCAAACUUGCCACUUCGUAUGAAUAUGUGCGCAUCGUCAAAGCUGGAAUUAGUUUAUCUGCAAAAUCCAUGAUGAUUCGAGAUGGUUUUACAACCAUGGAUGUGGCUACAGGUAAAAAAACUGUCAAACGUCGAAAAAUUCCAAUGGGCAUGACACUCUUUUCAGACAUGGUCAUUCAAUUACCAAAAAUUCUGGAAAAAUCCAUCGAAGGAAUUUUGGCUGCCAUGAUUACUCCAUCGAGUGGAAUUCAAUAUUUUGGAAAAAUUUCACAAUUCAAAUUGUGGAAUGGUAACAUUAUUGUGAGUGGAUUUGACGUGGAAAACAAAACACUCAUUCCAGUCGAAAACAAGAAACUUGCUGAAAAUAAGGACGUGUUAGAUUUUAAAUUAUUACAAGGAUUAUUUCCAUCCAAUGAAAAUGAAAAUGGUUAUACCUCUUCACAAUCCAUUGAAAAGAGUCCUGAAAUUUAUCUUUUCAUUCCAUUCAACAAUUCACAAAGUCCUAAAAUGCGUGUUUCUGGAAUGAUUGAAUUUUUGGACAUGUUUAAAUUUGGUGCUGAUCUUAUUUUUGCUCCUUCGACUGGAGAAGUGAGUUUUAUGGCAGAAAUUGGAUUAGCAGAAGGUAUUGACUUGUUGAUUCAAUUUUCACAAACUUUUACUGGACCUCGCUUGAAAGGUAAAAUCAAAGGAUUAGAAAAAUUAGCUCUUCUCAUUCGACAUGCAAUUAAGGAAUACAAGAUGAACAAUGAUAGCACUACUACUCAUAAGAACAAUGAUAGCACUACUACUCAUAAGAACAUGGCUAUAACAACAACAAAUUUCAUGGAAACAAAUUCUGAACAAGAUGAGAAAAAGUUGAGAAAAAUUCUUGAAUUUAUUAAGGAAAAAAUUAGAGCUGAGAGAGAGUUGAACAUGGCCGAAAAGAAGGUCGAAGAGGCACGUCGAAAAUAUUCUCUAAAAAUUGGAGAAAGUAUCUCACGAAUGAAUCAGGAAAUUUCCAAUUUCACAGAAAUGGGAAGACAAAUUUUUGAACAAGUCAAAGAUGUCAUCAUGGAACGAAAAGUAUUCAACAAGUGUGUGGAUGAAUGGCAUGAAACUCAGAAAUUCUAUGAAGAAAGUAUGGAGGAUCUUGAUAAGGCCAUUGAAACAUUCAAACAAAUGCUUCAUGACUAUUGUGUGAAAAAUUCACAACUUUUCAAAAAUGUGAAUUCCACUUUGGAUGACAUUUCUCAAGCUGUAAUGGAAAAACUCGAGAAUUUAUCUCAUGAUACACGUAAUUUAAUUUGUGAUGCUUCCAUUCAUGUAUUAGAAUUGAUCCAAGUCAAGUUUUCGAUCGUAGAUUUGGAUUUCCUUAUUGUUGACCAAGAUGUACUGGCACUUCAAAUGACAUUUAUUUUAGGAAAAUCGGAUGAAGAAAAGACAAUUACAUUGAAGAAUAUUAAUUUGAGAAAACUCAAGAAUGUGGUUGCUGAUGUUGCCUUUGUCAUUAUUUCACAUUUUACAAAAUCAUAUCAAGAGAAUACUUCUCAGAGUUUGAAUUCAAAAAAGGAACAAAAAGAAGGACAAGACAUGAAUCAACACACAGCGAGACGUCGUGGUGGUUUUUGUUGCUUUAGAGGAGAUUAG